AGGAAGGGCUUGUAGGGAAGAAGGAAGUGCAGUUACACUGAGGAAGGAUCAAAACAACAAAAUUGCUUUGCUGUUUUAAUAGACAAAUUCAGGUGCAUAUCGAAUGCGAAAGGCUUCGAGAAGCCUGGGAUUUCUCUUUAAGUUCUGAUACAAAAGCUGGGAUGAAGAUUUUUGUAUCUAAUUUCAGUUUAUUUAAUGGCAGGUAUUGGAAAUUUCACAGUAAAAAGGAAGAUAUUUUUAUCAGAAAUAUAAGUGCCUUAAGCCAUCGACAAAGGUAUUUACAUCAUCCGUAAAUGAAUCGUGCAAUAUUGAAUUUGAAGUGUGUAAUUGAAAUUGGUUACUUUGGUGUUGAGUUAAGCGAGCGCAAAAUACACCGAACUGUUUUGUGCGCGCGAGCUGAGGAUCUUUCUUCUCCACGGCCCGUUGUCUCGGAGGUAUUAAAUGCAAGGCAAGCUUUGUUGCAGGAUUAGCAAAAUGGCUAGCUCCAUUAGCUACGCAGCUUGAUAGGCCUGAAAAGUUUAAGCGUCCGCAGUUUUUUUGAACGAGACAUUUGACCGAGUUUGUUGUGGGCCAGUGCAUAGCUAAUUGUUAGCCUAACUAAAUUAGUACGACCAUUGUUGAAUAUCUAACUAAAGUGUACAAAGCAAGACAGGGGUGUAAAGACAAGUGUAAUUUUGUUUAUCAGAAUUGAUGAUCUGACCUCCUGGUGGUGACAAAUAGCAGUGUAGUAUUCAAACCUAGGUGCUAAACAGGGGAUGAGUGCAUUUUAAACAAUUUAUAUUUUGCAUAAGAAAACACUCAAGAUGAAACUCCUGGAAAAUUCAAGUUUUGAAGCCAUAAACACCAGACUCACCAUUGAAAUGGGGGACUGUCAGAUAAUAGGAAGGAUCGAAAGCUACUCUUGCAAGAUGGCAGGCGAGGACAAGCAGAUGUUCAAACAGUUCUGCCAGGAGGGACUGCCUCAUGUCCUGGAAGCCCUGUCCCCUCCACAGUCCUCAGGAAUCAGCCCCAACAAGUUGAGCCAGAGUCAGAGUGGAGACGAGGGAGAGGGGCCUCUCUCUGACAAGUGCAGCAGGAAGACCCUCUUCUACCUGAUUGCCACCCUCAACGAAUCCUUCCGCCCCGACUAUGACUUCAGCCGCACCAAGAGCCACGACUUCAGCAGAGAGCCCAGCAUAAACUGGGUGUUCAACGCGGUGAACAGCAGUCUGUCGGCGGCGGCUGGGGAGGAGUACAGUCGGCUACAGCCCCAGCUGUGGGAGGCCAUUGACACAGAGAUCUGCCUGUCGGAGUGUGACAUCUACAGCUACAACCCAGACCUGGACUCUGACCCGUACGGAGAGGAGGGCAACAUGUGGUCCUUCAACUACUUCUUCUACAACAUGAGGCUGAAGAGGAUCGUCUUCUUCACAUGCCGCUCGGUCAGUUUAUUCAUGGCCCCACGGGACUCUGGCAUUGGCAACGAACUGGACCUGGAGCUGGAUGAAGAUUGUUAUGAUGAGAACAUGGAUGAAGAGAGUAGGUAUGGUGCCCUGUGUGCCCAGUGACGCUCCAAUCCCAUUCUCAUGCAGGAGCAGACAGUAUACUUGGAUGUCUGUCUGUACCCACGUCGCCACCAUUUCUCUUACAAUCUUAAACUCGUUCGGGUUGGGAUUUUAUUUAAACAUUUUUCUUAUUCAUUUGUUUGGUGGACCUCAUGUUUUACUGAAGUCAGACUGUGAGCUUGGAGCUCUGUUACUCUGUUACUUUAUUUGUGUCUCAUUUUAGUUUUCCAUUGCUAUGUUCUCCUUACCUUGUUUAUCAGAAGCAAAAGCAUUUAUGUUUGGUGUGUGUUGUUUGGCCUGGUAUUGGAGCAAGUUCUGGCACUCAUUAAUUUGCUACAUAUUUCACAUUGUCUAUGCUGGUGUUGGUAAGCACAGUUUGGGAUUUUUAUGAUCAUGUUCUGUUUUUCAAGCUUUACCAUUCCAAAGUGUAGGAUGUCGUCGUACCAAAUUGACUCAACUUAGGUUUAGGACCAUUCUGACUGCAUGCUUGAGGGCAUGUUUGAACACAAGGGGGCAUACUCAACUUAGCUGAUGGAAAACUCACAUACCAGCUUGAAUCAGUCUGCCUCUUGGAUAUGUUAUGCCUUCCAUACCAAUGCUACUCAAACCUACAAUGUUUUUAUUUAUUUAGCGACAGGACUUAGUGCAGUCUAUAGUUUUAUGGGUCAAGCCAGCAAAUACAAUUCUGCUGCAUCGCUGUUCCAAAAGUACAGCAGAAUCUAGUUCUGAUUCUCAAUCCUAUGAUGUGUUUUAAGGACGAGUGUGACGUGCAUUCUCACACCAAAUACAAACUCUGCCUGUAGAGUGUACUGUUUGAACCUAA